AUGUCAUCAAAUAACCCGGCCAAUUCUUACGUCUGUGAUACAAUUCCCCCAGCUCGCUUAGCCCAGAACCAGUUCCACCCUUUCCAACACGACAACAUCCACAGCCCACAGCCCAUGCUCUUUGAACACCAUGAUCACCCCGAACAGUCACCCAAGCAGGCCGUUGUCGACGACGACCACCACCAUGACCGUGACCGCGACCCCGGCUCUCCUGGAGGCACCCCGCAGCCGCCUCCUCGCAAACUUUGUGUCAGGCACCAGCGCAUGGCCGACGAGGGCAUGAACCUCAAGCUUCAACAGUCACUAGACGCCCUCUCUAUCGAGGAACGCGAAUCUGUAAACGCCAUCUGGAGCAACUUUUCCUCGUCGUCCCACCCACGCCGUGCCCUCAUCCUCCAAGGUCUCUUGACCAUGUGCUGCUUCUCCCAGCUCUCCCUGCUCACCGAGCAACUCGCCCACUUGAUCCGCAUCGACCCCUUCGUCGUCCUCCCCCGCGAAAUUGCCCUCAAGAUUCUCUCCUAUCUCGACGCUACCUCCCUAUGUCGUGCAGCCCAAGUCAGCACCCGAUGGCGUGCCCUGGCCGACGACAAUGUCCUGUGGAGGGCGAUCUGCGAACAACACAUCGGUCAAAAGUGUCACAAGUGCGGGUGGGGACUUCCCGUCCUGGAGAAGAAAAGAGCGCUGUGUUAUCGUUCUACACCAUCUAAUUCCCAUUCUCCGGUCUCUUCGCCAUCCAUCUCGCUUCCUUCGACGUCCACACCAGCAUCCACUUCCACAGAUCCAACCACCUCACGGAAACGACCUGCUGCCGAUUCCUCGGACUUGCUCUCUCCUCCCGUGAAAAGACAACGAUCAGACGAGGCUUCUUCCUCUCAAACACAGGAGAGUGUCAAUUCACUCACAAACACCGCCCCUACCCCUCUCCCCGCACCCACACUUCGGCCUUGGAAGGACGUCUACAGCGAACGGAUGACUAUCGAGCGCAACUGGCGUCGGGGACGGUGCACUGUCCGAACGCUCAAGGGGCACACUGACGGCGUAAUGUGCCUACAGUUCAACGAAACCCUCUCACACCCCGCCUUCCCCGUCCUCAUCACCGGCUCGUACGACCGCACCGUCCGUGUCUGGAACCUCGAGACCGGUCAAGAGCUCUUCUGCCUCAAAGGCCACACGCGGGCUGUCAGGGCAUUACAGUUUGAUGAAGUCAAACUUAUCACUGGUUCGAUGGACAACACUCUCAAAGUGUGGGAUUGGAGGAGGGGCAAGUGUAUAAGAACUCUGACCGGUCAUACGGAAGGAGUAGUGUGUCUAAACUUUGAUUCGAACGUGUUGGCGAGUGGGAGUGUGGAUUCGACGAUUCGGGUGUGGAAUAUGAGAUCCGGGACGUCCUUCACGCUGCGCGGGCACACGGAUUGGGUCAAUGCGGUGCAGUUGUGGGACUCCCAGCCUCAGUCGGUGCAACAGGAGAGUGGGAGUGGAAGUUUGUUGGAUAUGUCCGGGUGUCGGUCGCCGAAUGCGAAUGCGGGGAACAACAAUAUCGAUCCUGGCAAGAUGCUCUUUUCGGCUUCGGACGACGGGACGAUUAAACUCUGGGACCUCAAUAUGCGAACGUGUGUGAGGGUGUUUACGGGUCAUGUAGGGCAGGUGCAGAGUAUGAAGUUGUUGGUGGAGGGGUGUGAUAGCAAUCGGGAUGAGGAUGGGGAGGAGGCGGCUGUGGAUAGCGGUUCGUCGGUUGCGUCGAGGGAUAGUCCCGAACCUGCCCCCAAGCGCAGGAAGAAGCCACUUCUCAUCUCAGGCAGUCUGGACAACACUAUUCGACUCUGGGAUAUCGAGACGGGCAAGGCCACGGGAGCGUUGUUCGGCCACAUUGAAGGCGUUUGGUCGGUCGCGUCUGACAAGCUUCGCGUUGUCAGCGGGAGCCACGACCGCACGAUAAAGGUCUGGAGCAGGGAGGAUCAAAAGUGUAUCGCGACACUCGUUGGGCAUCAGGCAGCUGUCAGCUGCAUCGCACUCGGAGAAGACAAAAUCGUCUCUGGAGGUGAUGACAACGAUAUCAAGGUCUGGAGCUUUGCUUGA